AUAAUUUGGUUGGAUUAAUUCGUGAAGGAGAUGGAGAAAAGCGGCAGCAGGUCAUACCCUCGCUACUACUGCUCAUCGUCGUCAUCCGAAUUCGGGUUGGAGAACCGGGCCAACCCGCCCUACACCUUCAACGGGCCAAAUGGUGCAACUGCAAAGGCAGGAGGUACUACUGGCACUGGCACUGAUCCAGCAGCAGCAGAAAUGAAGAGGAAGAAAAGGAUCGCUGGGUACAACAUGUUGGGCACUGAAGGUAAGCUCAAGGCUUCUCUCAGAGACACUCUCAACUGGAUUAAGACAAAGGUUCAUAUUCAUCACAACACCCAUCGUCGUUACGAUCUAUGAUCGAUCCAUUUCUUACAAUAAUAUCCAUAUCCAUAUCAUAUCCAUCCACGUCUUUCUCUUCUCUUGUCUUGUCCAUCUCAUCUCACCUCAGUGAUGACGAUGAUAUGUAUAAACUGCUAGAAAAAUAAAUAAAUAUAAUUAAUGAUCUUGUUCUUGCUUCCCCGUAACCUCUCUGUGUGUGUGUUGUGAAU